AUGAACCACGCGAUAAGAUACAAGGGUCUGGCUGAUAAAGAGUUAGGAAUUCUCGUUACUCGGGGUGCCAUGCUUCGUUCCUGGUCGGCUUGUCUGCUGUUGCUGGCUGCAGCCGUGCCGACUUCUGCCCAAUAUUCCGAUGCCUUCGUCCGAAAGUUCUUUCCCACUCUUUUCGCCGCCACCGAGUCCUCAAACGCGUCUUCGUGUUUGAGCAAGAUCUUUACAGAUUUCGAGGUUCAAUAUGAACUUCCAAUCCGGUUGAACGGGGCUUUCAGAUGAAAAAGAUGGUGACUGUGGACUGCGACAAAGCCGACGGGCUGGACCACUGCCGCGGAUACACCGCCGUCAGUCACGAUCAGAAAGUCAUCACCUUGAAUUUCAGGUUUACAUCUUCGAAAAGUAGAAAUAUCCAACAUUGAUUGCUCGGCUUUUUCCUAACUGACUCAAGAUUUUCUUUUGUUUUUUAUAUAUUUCGAUUCUGUGAUUCAAUUUCAAAUCGUAUGCUUUUCCUAUAAAAGUUUCGAGAAAGAUAAUAUCAGCAAAAAGUGAUAUAAGAAAGUGAACUUUAUUUCGUAUCAGAGGAACCAAGGGAAAGCUGCAACUUUUGGUGGAGAGCGACCAGACGAUCACCCAACAGAAGGUCUGACGUCGUCCAGCUCCCUCUGAAUCCUUCCGAUUUCAGGUUUCUUGGGUUGGCGGCGGUGCGGCAAGCAGCUACUUCGCCAACGCCUUCUUGCUCAUCUGGAACAACGGAAUGAAGGACGACUUCCUGAAUCUCGUCCACAAGUUUCCUGAUUACGAUGUCUGGGUUAGUUUUGUGUUGAGAAAUAUGAAUUGAGAAGGACUCAUCAAAUUAAGUAUGGUAUUAAAUAAGAUUUAAAAUCGAAUCUACUUUUGAAAACGGGCGUUCGAGAAUAUAAUUAAUUGAAAAGUUUGAAGAGUGACAUUUAGAAAUUUUCGAAAUUAUUGAGAAAAUCGCUUUUCUCGAGUUUCCGUUGACAAAAAUUCAAUUUAGCUGAAGCAUGGGGUUAUCUCUCUCUCUCUCUCUCUCUCUCUCUGUUUUUAUUAUGGGUCGUUAAUUGGUGCGAUAAAAUGCUAACGUCAGUCUGAUAUUUGAUUGGCUUCUCGAGCACUUAUCUUAUUUCUAAUAUAUUUCAUUUGCUUCGAAUCGUCCAAGAAACUUCCUUGUUCCAUUCGUGUCAAGAAUGAGCAUGGAUCAGGGCUUCGAUAUGAACUUGAAUGGAAAAUCGUUUGGUUAACUUCUAGGAUUCGCAUUUAAUAAUUGAAGAUAUUCAUGAUAAGCAUGGUCUCCAGUGACUAGAGUCUAGUCAUUGCUUAUUAACUACAGAUUGGCGGGCACUCUCUGGGCGGCGCGAUGGCGGCUUUGGCCAGCUCUUACGUGACAGGAAUGAAUCUGGUGUCGGCCUCCAAGAUCAAGCUCGUCACUUUCGGACAACCGAGAACUGGAGACGUCGACUUCGCCAACGCACACGACAGCAUCGUCAGUUUCAAAUCGAUAGUUUCGCUCUAUGAUCAUCUACAGAUUCCAUAUACGUACCGAGUUGUGCACAAGAACGAUAUCGUGCCGCAUCUACCGCCCAGAGGCCUGGAGAACUUCCGACACCACAAGUCCGAGGUUCAUUUUGAGAUUCAAAAGCAGCUAUAGUUCGUUAAGAAACUGAGAAAAUCAUAUAUGGACAAGGAAAAACCCACAAAGGUUUUCGUUUUUCUUUGUGGACGGGAUGUUCCUGAAAAAAAUGGCGUAAACUCAUUUCGAAUGAAUUUCAAUGUUUCGUCCUUCAUUAUUAUUUUAUCAGUUCCAUUCGAUUUUAUUAUUGAAAUGCAUUCCAGGUGUGGUACAACAACGACAUGACAAAGGUCGACUUCAAGGAGUGCGACUCGCAGGAGUCACCCCUGUGUUCGGAUCUUCACGUCGACGCCUCCAUCGAAGACCACCACCGCUACUUCAACAUGUACAUGACCUACUACGGCCUUCGUGACUGCACCGGAGACCCUUCCAGCUCGAAAUAA